AUGGCAGGAUCUCGGGAGCGAUUACUACAUGACAAUCGUCCUAUCUUCAAUAGUGAUUAUGAACAAAGACGAAGAUACGACACCAGGUACGAUAGAAGCAAGACAGAACGAGAUAGAUGUAGAUACGAAAGAGAUGAAGCCUACGAGAGACCAAGACGAAAGAAUGGGUAUGUCUAUGAAGACAUUUAUUCUGACUUUGAUGAAGCACAAGGACGUCUAUCAUUAUUCAGACCGAUCAGACCAGAAUACCUUAACUUACAAACCAGCUACAACGUUAAAUAUAACUCCCUGCCUAGAAACUAUUAUAAUUAUGAAGAAAGGAAUGACCGAAAUACCCGUAAAUAUAAAAAAGAUUAUUAUGACUUUCGACUCGAAAAUGAUAAACAACGUUCGAGGGAAUUUUAUGAACCUUAUAAAAGACGAACCGCUGAAAUGAAAAGAAAAGAAGUGCAGGCUUACGAAAGAAGAACAAAAGCAGAUGAACAUAAACCGAAUAUUGAUCAAAACAUGAGAAUUGGUGAAUGCAGACCUAUCAGCUCUAACUAUAACUUUCAAAAUGGAAAUCAAACUCGAAAUUCAAAAUCAAAAAACGUUGCCGUAUGCAAACCUCUGCGGUUGUCAGAGAAAAACGCUCGUUAUUGGACAUCAGAAGCGCCCGAACGCGCCCGGCAACGACCGAAGCGGCCCGACGAGCAUAAAAAGAACGUUAAAUUCUCCGAAGUGUCAGGAUGCAACCGAAAAAUGAUCGUUGAUGAUCCAAUUUGUGGUCGUAAGGUUGUACCAGUCAGGGAGUUGGAAGUUUCAUUGGACCAAAUGAUCCAAAAUGGAUAUUUCGAGAAACACAACAUUCCUAUAUCGAAGCCUUUGCAGAGGGCGAUGGCAGCUGAAGAUAUACCUGUAGGUGUAGUGGCAAACGGAAAGUGCCUCACAGGAACAGCGAAUAUAGCGCAGAAACCAGCUCCGCGGAAAGCCAGACAUUUACCCCAGGUGUUAGCUGCCCUAGCAGUGUCGUUAGCACCGUUUUCCGCUGGCCUUGGGAAGGGGUACAGCUCCCCUGCCAUCGCCUCCUUGCAGGGACCUGGGGCCAACGCAACGCGCCGCGACUUCCAACUCACAGACCAACAGGCUUCUUGGCUUGCCUCACUAUCGUUUCUAGGUGCUCUGUUCGGUGGAAUGGCAGGUGGAGCGGCGAUGAGGCACGGUCGCCGCCGCGUGCUGUCCCUAGCCGCAGCGCCCUGCAGCCUGUCCUGGUUGCUAACAGUACUAGCCACUUCGGUCAGGAUGAUGUGCAUCACCGCCUUCUUGGGCGGAUUCUGCUGUUCCAUCUUGACGAUGCUGUCGCAGGUCUACAUAAGCGAGAUAUCAGUACCAGACAUUCGCGGCUGUCUCAGUGCCGUUCUCAAAAUCGUCGGCCAUCUCGGUGUUCUAUUCAGCUUCACCAUCGGCGCCUACCUCGACUGGCAACAACUCGCGCUGUGCAUAUCCGCUGCACCCUUACUUCUUUUCUGCACAGUUCUUUAUAUACCAGAAACACCGAGCUACCUCGUCCUCAUCGGAAAGGAUGAGGAAGCGUACAGGAGCUUACUCUGGUUACGCGGACCGAACUCCGACGUUGCUCAGGAAUUAGCCACUAUAAGAACUAACGUAUUAGCCAGCAAGAACUUCAGUCAACGACAAAGCCAGAUGUCUGGGAGUCAAUUAUUAAACUCUUUGGAUGUGAGAACAAUGAAUAGACUCUUAGGACCUAUUCUAGUGACGUGCGGCCUGAUGAUGUUUCAAAGGUUCUCCGGUGCUCAUGCCUUUUCCUUUUACGCCGUACCGAUUUUUAGGAAAACUUUUGGAGGUAUGAACCCACACGGAGCGGCUAUAGCUGUCUCUUUCGUGCAGCUUCUAGCGUCAUGUCUGUCUGGCCUACUAAUCGACACAGUUGGAAGACUGCCUCUAUUAAUCGUCAGUUCUGUAUUAAUGUCGAUGGCCUUAGCUGGUUUCGGCAGUUACGCUUAUUAUGAAGAAGUGCACAGGAACCAGAGGAUCCAAAAUGUGAUGUUUCAUCAAACCAGCUUAGGGCAGAACGAUUGGAUUCCUUUAUUAUGUGUAUUGGUGUUUACGAUAGCUUUCUCUUUAGGAAUGAGUCCGAUAUCGUGGUUGCUUAUCGGGGAACUGUUUCCUUUAGAAUAUAGAGCAUUCGGGAGCGCUAUGGCAACGGCUUUCAGUUAUCUCUGUGCGUUCGUUGGGGUUAAAACGUUUGUAGAUUUUCAACAAGCGUUGGGUCUACACGGAGCUUUCUGGUUGUAUGCUUCUAUAAGUGUCGGUGGUCUAUGUUUCGUAGUAUGUUGUGUACCAGAGACUAAAGGAAAAGAUUUGGACGAAAUGGAUCCGAACUAUGUUCAGAGUCUGUCUCCGAAGAGGUAA